GUCAUUUCAAAGAUGACCGAUUGCAACUUUCCUGGUGCUCUCUGAUUGCAAGCGUUUCUAUAGCCACUUAAUGGCAUCUUCGGAACGCCUGCAGAAUGAAAUUCUGCUUAAAGAAGAGGCGUUCCUCAAAGAGCAGAGGGCGAAAUUAACUGAACAGCUGAACAAGUUGAAGGUGGAAGAAAUGGGACUCAUGAAAUUGUUGAAACAAGACAACAUGAAUUCCCAUCAGACAACCAUGGAGCUGUUUACUAAAAAUCCCCAAGUGCCUUCAUCCUCCAGCCAAAGAAUUGAUAGUUUUGAGUUAACUAAAACAGAAACAGAAGUGAAUCAUAUUCCACUGCAAGGACUCAACACCACAGAGAUGAACAAAGAAGAUAAUCAAGGAGACGAGGAAGAGGAAGAGGAAGAGGAAGAGGAAGAGGAAGAGGAAGAGGAAGAGGAAGAGGAAGAUGAUGAAGAUGAUGAUAUGGAGGAUGAUGGCACCGGAUACAGUCAACAGCUUUUGAAUGCAAUAUCAAGUAUGCACUAUCAAAACAGCAGUGGAGGUCAGGAAACGUCCAGGUCUGUCCUACAUAGCAUACUGCAACAUGAGGUUGAAGGCCUUGAUGAAGAUGACGACGACUAUGUUCACUAACAAUACUUAUUAUUUGUAACCCUGGAAUGCAACAGCAAGGAUUGAAUUACACAACCAUGCAAAUUUUUGAUCAACUGCUGCAAGAGUUAUUUGAUGGCUGUUCCAACUAACUUCACUCUACAAUUGCUCUGUGUGUUGAUCUUGUUUGAUCUUUGUUCAAAUCAUUGCAUAUAAUUGAAGUAAGGGUCAUUCAGCUGUAAUAUGAAAAGAAAGAGACACGGGAGAUGUUGUCCUUUGGGCAAGAAUUUAAGAAUUUCAAUAGAUGUGUAACACAAUCACGUGACGCCAAUGAUUUGAAUCAGCAAUGCAAGAUCAAUUUACACUGCUACUGUACAAUAAAUUUAGCGAUAAUUAUGGUCAAAUAAGACUCCACUGGAUGCUGUGGACAAUGUUUGCAACAUCCACAUGCAAAUGAUAAAUUAUACUGUUUGUUUGAUAUUUUUUAACAGCCACUGACUACAAGAGAUUGCAUAAAAUAGACCUUAUUCAUAAAUGACGGCCAAUUUAAAAUUAUUUUGUAUGCAUUUAAAUAAGCCCAACUAACCUUGUUUGAGAGUAAAGAUUCUUUUGAAUUAUCAACUCAAAAACGAGGUUAGUUGGGCUAAUUUUAAUACUUACAAAAUAAUUUUCUUUAAUAGGCAGCCAUUUCUCCAUACUACAGUAUUUUUAUUGGGAUCACACAAUGUCAGUUGGCUAGGUUUUUGUGUUCAACUAGUAAAAACCUAGUCUGCGAGUACCGCCGCCACUGUCCCUUAUCAAUCCUGACUGCUUUGGGCAUUUCUCUCCUUCAAACACCCAAAGAUGUGGCUCCUUUCACAGGCCACGCAGAACAUUAUUAUUGCUCAGAUUUAAUAAAGUGCUCUACAAAGUUUGGCCAAAUUUCUUACAGCACUAACCUCUGUUGUCCCAGUAGAAAACCUUUCCAACCAUCUGAACUUGACACAUUAAUUUAUGAUAGUCAGCUUGGAACAGCAGGUUCCAAUCAAGUGAUUCAACUUUAUUUAACACUGUUCAUCAAACAAACAAAUAUUAUUGGCUUAGCACUGUACAUAUGUAUAUAUUUGAAUAACAUUUUGUUUGUCAGUUUGGUUCCUUUUUGUAUUUUCCAAUAAUUUUUAGAGGGCCAUUUAGAAUUACAAGUUGCAUGAAACUGAUUUGUGUCUAUUUUGCUCGCUUCCUGUUUUGAUGGUCUGAGCAAGUUUAAAAUAUAUUCUGAUUUAGCUGGACAUGAAUAAGAUCAUCUAAAUGUAUGUUAUCACCUAAAUUAAUAGAAACAAGUUAUAUUCCUUGCACCUCCAUGAAAUAUCCUAUAACGAGUAAUAUUAAUUUACUACUGUUCUAAUAAAAUAAAUCCUAUGCACUUGA